AACUGUCAUCUAGCAUUUUAAUCUUUGGUGGAAUGUCAAAUUUCUAACCCUUAGUGGAUAUCAUGUCAUUUUCUUCCUAAUAUUCAAUAUUUGUUUAAAUUUUAAACACUAAGGUAUGCUGCGUUUCACGGUUUCAAAAGUCCUUAGCGGGGCUAAAGCUAGCCCAAAACAUUUAUUUGUUGCCACAAGAUGUCAAAGUGGCGAAGUAAAAAAACCAGAGAAAAUAGAAGUAUUUAUAGAUGAUAAAUCAGUGUUGGUUGAACCAGGUACAACAGUCCUUCAAGCUGCAGCAUUGAUUGGAAUUGAAAUUCCUAGGUUUUGCUAUCACGAACGAUUAGCAGUUGCAGGGAAUUGUAGGAUGUGUCUGGUUGAAGUUGAAAAAUCUCCUAAACCAGUAGCAGCCUGUGCUAUGCCUGUGAUGAAAGGGUGGAGAAUUAAAACAGACUCUGAAAUGACCAAAAAAGCCAGAGAAGGUAUUAUGGAAUUCCUAUUAGUGAACCAUCCUCUUGAUUGCCCAAUUUGUGACCAGGGUGGUGAAUGUGAUUUGCAAGAUCAGAGUAUGGCCUUUGGUUCUGACCGUUCAAGAUUUACUGAUAUUGACUUUUCCGGAAAAAGGGCUGUAGAAGACAAAGACAUUGGACCAUUGGUCAAAACUAUUAUGACAAGAUGUAUUCAUUGUACCAGAUGUAUUAGAUUUGCUUCUGAAAUUGCAGGAGUUGAUGAUUUGGGUACCACUGGAAGAGGUAACGACAUGCAAGUUGGUACUUAUGUUGAGAAAUUAUUCAUGUCUGAGCUAUCUGGCAAUGUCAUUGAUUUAUGUCCAGUGGGUGCUUUAACUAGUAAACCAUACAGCUUCACAGCUAGACCUUGGGAAAUUAGAAAAGUUGAUUCAAUUGAUGUAUUGGAUGCUGUUGGUUCUAAUAUUAUUGUAUCAACUAGAACUGGAGAAGUAAUGAGAAUUGUACCUAGAGUGAAUGAAGAGAUUAAUGAAGAAUGGUUGGCUGAUAAAUCUCGAUUCUCCUACGAUGGUUUAAAAAGACAAAGACUAGUUACACCAAUGGUUAAAAACAAUCAAGGUGAACUGAAACCAGUUGAUUGGGAAGUAGCUUUGUUGACCGUUUGUAAAGCUAUUAAACAAGCAGGUAACAAGAUUGGAGCAAUUGCCGGAGGAUUAGCAGAUGCUGAAGCUCUUGUUGCUCUUAAAGAUCUUUUAAAUAGACUUGGAUCAGAAAACCUCUGUACCGAACAUACUUUCCCAUUGGACGGUUCUGGUACUGACCUUAGAUCCAGCUACUUGUUGAAUAACAAAAUCGCUGGUGUUGAAGAAGCCGAUUUGGUAUUACUGGUUGGAAGUAACCCGAGGUUUGAAGCUCCUCUUUUGAAUGCCAGAUUAAGGAAAGGAUUUAUUCACAACGAUUUAAAUGUAGCUUCGAUCGGACCGAAAAUCGACCUAACCUAUGAACACGAAGAUCUUGGCGACGAUCCUAAAAUCCUACAACUAAUUGUUUCCGGACAACAUCCUUUCAGCAAAAAGUUGCAAGCUGCCAAAAGACCUCUAAUUAUUAUUGGAUCGGAAACCUUGGAAAGAAAAGACGGCGGUGCUAUACUUUCUGCAGCACAAACGUUGGCUGCUGGCACAGCCAGCGGAAACAAAGACUGGAAGGUUUUGAAUGUUUUACAUAAAGUUGCAAGUCAGGUUGCUGCUUUAGACAUUGGUUACACCCCGGGUGUUGAUAAGAUUCGAGAGGCAAACGUCAAGGUACUGUUUCUUUUAGGAGCAGAUAACGGCGCCAUUGAUAAGUCAGACUUACCAAACGAUUGCUUCGUAAUUUACCAAGGUCAUCACGGUGACCAAGGAGCCAGCAUAGCUGACGCUAUCUUGCCUGGUGCUGCUUAUACCGAAAAACAAGCCACUUAUGUAAACACUGAAGGUAGAGCUCAACAAACUUUGGUAGCUGUUACACCGCCUGGUAGAGCAAGAGAAGACUGGAAGAUAAUAAGAGCUUUGUCUGAAAUUUUGGGAGUUAAAUUGCCAUACGAUAACUUAAGUGAAAUUAGGGAUAGACUAGAUGAGGUUGCACCACACCUUACCCGUUACGGAUCUGCCGAAGAAGCUAAUUACUUUAAACAAGCCGCAGAAUUAGCUAAGAGUUCAGACAAAGAAUUAGAUCAUAAUUCACCAGUAGAUGUGAAAAUUAAAGAGCUUAAAGAUUACUACAUGACCGAUGCGAUCAGUAGAGCCUCCCCAACAAUGGCAAAGUGUGUGCAGGCUGUAUUGAAACAAAAACAGUCAAAUAAAUAGUGUGAUAAAGUAGAAUAAUUAAAUUUAAAGAACUUUAUUUAGAAAAUCUUCGAAACUUCAUUAAUUUUAUAUGUCUCAGCUAAACUGUUCAAUAAAACAUAUUAUUAUAAAGAUAGAAAUUAUUUAAAUUUAACAUUUUAUCAAAAUUCACGUGAUUUCAGUAAUUCUUCAUCAAGCUUUUAACAGAUGUUGAGUCGUUUUGUUAAAUAAGUUUUUAAUAGUGAAAUACUUCUGUAAAUAAGUCAUAUGUCAGUAUUUUACUCGUUUGAAUAUUUUAGUUUGAGAUAAUGAAAUAUUAUCUUUGUUUCAUUUUUUUACAGCUGUCAGCAUACUCUUCAAUUUGGGUGUUUUAUUGUUUAUUUAAACUGUAAAUAAAAUGUUAAUUUAA